AUGUCUAAAGUUUCAACUAUCAUUCUAAUACUAUAUUUUUUAACUAAAAAUAUUAAUGUUAUUUCAAAUAACAAAGUAAAUAAUAAUUUUAUAUUAAAUGAAAAUAAAAAUGUCAGAAACAAAAGAGCUACAUUAAUAAAUUUUUCUCCUCAAUGGACUUCACCAAUAUCUUAUUCAAUUCAACCUAGAUGUGGUUUAUAUGUUGCUGAUAUAGUAAGAAGUAUAGAAAAAGACACAUGUCUUAGGUUUUCAAGAGUUUUUGGUGAUAUAAAUAAAAUGAUAAAAUAUGUUUGUGGAAUAACUUGUAGAAUUAGAAAUCAAAAACCAAAUCGAAAAAUUAUUGAGACUGCUCAAUAUUGUAGAACAAGAGCUAGAUUAAUACAAUUAACAUUAAAUGCAUUAGGAUUAAUUUAUGAAGAAAGAAGACCAGAUAGAGAUAAAUAUGUAAUUAUAAAAAGAGAAAAUAUUAUUGUAAAUGAGCGUUAUAAAUUUCCUCCAUUGAAAAGUAGUGAUGUAUAUACAACAGGUUUAAGAUAUGAUUUUGGUUCAAUAAUGCAUAAUGGUAGACAUUUUGAAUCUCAAAAUGGUAGAUUAACAAUAGUAUCAAAAAAUAGUCAUUAUCUUAAAACUUAUGGACAAACUAAAGAAAUGAGUUUUAAUGAUAUAAAAUCAUUAAAUGUGCGUUAUUGUCGUAAUUCUUGUCAACAAAAAUUGAAUUGUACAAAUUAUGGUUAUACAGAUCCAAAUAACUGUGGUGUUUGUAAAUGUCCUAGUUUUUAUACAGGAACUCUUUGUGAAAAUUUGAUGCCAUCUUUACAAGUAUGUGGAACUACUGAAUUAGCUGCAACUAAUGUAACUCAAACAUUGACUAUUAAUGGAACAAAAACUUGUAUUUAUAAAAUAGUUGCACCUGAAAAAUUAAAAGUUGGAAUAACUAUAGUACAAGCUGAUCUACCAGUAAGAGAUAUUUGUCCACCAAAUGUUGGUUUAGAAGUCAAAUUUUUAUAUGAUAAAUCUGUAGCCGGAGCAAGAUUUUGUGGAUUACAAAGAAAUAUCAAAUUUAACUCAGUGUCAAAAGAAUUAACAAUGAAAUAUGUAGGAUUAGAAAAUGAAAAUUUUGUAAACAUUGAUUAUAUUCAAGUUGAUCAACUAUCUGGCUAA